UUCAAAAAUGUUUAAUGAGAAAAGAAGAUGGUUCUGUAUUUAAAGUAGAAGACUUCUUUUUGAAGAAAGGACAAAAACAUAAUUUUGGACCUUGUACAAUUCAACUCCAAGAAAAUUGGAGAAUGAAUGAUGAACUAAAUAGUUUUUUCCAAAGAAUUUAUGGAGAUAAAUACUUAUCCGUCUAUCCUAAUUUAAAACUUACUUAUCUGGAUUCUAGUUUACCACAUAUAACCGAUCCAAAAGUCAGACAAGUUUUGAGUUUGAAUCCCGCAAUAACUUUA